GGAAAGGGACUGUGUACCUUUAAGGGGCUGGUCCAGCGGGCGCGCGGUGUUUGUUGGAAGCAGCUUCCUCUCGGGCCAUUCAAGAUCCCAAAUUCUUCUGCUGCUUCAGACCUGGACAGCCUGUGGCCUCAGCGUGUCGCAGUGGCCCCAAGCGGGUUGAGCCGUCGAAGAACUUGCUGGGGACGUUUUCCCAGGGCCCAGCCUCAUCCAAGACACCCUGGCAUUGCCACCAUCCCGGCCAGGAUGGGCCUGCUGUUCCUUGUCCUUCUUUCGCCACUUUCCUGUGUUUUGGGACUUCCGUUCUACAACGGCUUCUACUAUUCCAACGGUCUGCAUGGCAGGACCCUGGGCAAUGGCUAUGGAGAAGGCCUAUUCAAUGGCGUGAAGUUAGUGGUGGAGACCACCGAGGAGUCGUUGUUCAGUCACCAAGGAGCCAGUGUGACCCUGCCCUGCCACUACCGCUAUGAGCCAGCCCUGGCAUCCCCAAGACAUGUGCGUGUUAAGUGGUGGAAACUGUCAGAGAAUGGAACCCCAGAGCAAGACGUGCUGGUGGCCAUCGGGCAGAGGCACCGCUCCUUUGGGGACUACCAAGGACGAGUUCAAUUGAGGCAGGACAAGGAGCAGGAGGUCUCGCUGGAGCUUCGAGACCUGCGGCUGGAGGACUCUGGGCGCUACCGCUGUGAGGUCAUUGACGGUCUGGAAGAUGAGAGUGGCCUGGUAGAGCUGGAGCUGCGGGGUGUGGUUUUUCCCUACCAGCCCCGCGAAGGGCGCUACCAGCUCAACUUCCAUGAGGCCCAACAGGCCUGCCAGGAGCAGGACGCUGUGGUAGCCACUUUUGAGCAGCUUUUCCGAGCGUGGGAAGAAGGCCUAGACUGGUGCAGUGCAGGCUGGCUACAGGAUGCCUCCGUGCAGUACCCUAUAACGCUGCCCCGGCAGCCCUGUGGAGGCCUGGGUCUGGCACCUGGGCUUCACAGCUACGGCCAGCGCCACCACCGCCUGCAUCGCUAUGACGUGUUCUGCUUUGCUGCCGCCCUCAAGGGGCAAGUGUACUACCUGGAGAACCCUGAGAAGCUGACGCUGCUGGAGGCCAGGGAGGCCUGUCAGGAAGAUGGUGCACAGAUCUCUACGGUGGGUCAGCUCUUUGCUGCUUGGAAGUUCUGUGGCCUGGAUCGUUGUGAUGCUGGCUGGCUGGCAGACGGAAGUGCCCGCUACCCCAUCGUUCACCCCCGACCCAACUGCGGCCCCCCUGAACCUGGAGUACGAACCUUUGGCUUCCCAGACCCCAACACCCGCUACGGUGUCUACUGUUACCACAAGCACUAGCACAGUGACCAGCUGUGUAUCUGCCCUGCCCCUGACUUUCGGGGCUUAGUGCUUAUCAGGUGGACCAUUGUCCCUUGUGGGUUGGGGAACUUCUUGGAUUGUUUUUAUACUUCCCAACUUAAACAUUUAAAGAUAUUAUUAUUAUUAUUAUUAUUAUUAUUAUUAUUAUUAUUAUUACAGGACCAACUCUUAA